UUCUGUGGCUGGGAAAUGGAUGAAGGUUACAGAAACAACUCAAAUCUUUAUCAAGGAGCUCGGGAUAUAGCCAGAGAGGUAAAGAAACAGACAAGUAGUCAUACCAUGGAUGAUUAUUCCAAGUAUCAAGAUAAAACAUAUGGAGAUUAUUCCUCCAAUGAUGCAUACUAUCAUAGUGGGGGCCACACCAAUCAAGAUGAAGAUGCACAGAGUGAUGCAACAGAAGGCCAUGAUGAUGAUGAUGAGAUAUACGAAGGAGAGUAUCAGGGUAUCCCUCACCCAGAUGAUAUCAGGUUACAACACAAAGAUACAUCUUUAAAAAAUGAAUUUAAGGAGCAAGCAGACCUUAUUGCAGAGAGGAAGGAGGAUGAAGAACAAUUGGCCUAUCAGUAUGAGAACAUAAUUCAGGAAUGUGGACAUGGGCGCUUUCAGUGGACACUCUUUUUUGUUUUGGGUCUUGCAUUAAUGGCUGAUGGAGUGGAAGUAUUUGUAGUGGGAUUUGUCCUUCCCAGUGCUGAGAAAGACAUGUGUUUGUCACGCUCAAACAAAGGAAUGUUGGGGUUAUUAGUGUACCUUGGGAUGAUGCUUGGUGCAUUUGUGUGGGGAGGCCUGGCAGAUAAAUUGGGAAGAAAGAAAUGUCUCCUCAUUUCCCUAUUCAUAAAUGCGGCCUUUUCCUUCAUCUCCUCCUUUGUGCAAGGAUAUGGGUUAUUUCUUUUCUGUCGCCUUAUUUCUGGUUUUGGUAUUGGAGGGUCCCUCCCCAUUGUCUUUGCCUAUUUUUCUGAAUUCCUAGCACGUGAGAAGAGAGGAGAGCAUCUGAGCUGGCUUUGCAUGUUUUGGAUGAUUGGAGCACUAUAUGCUUCAGCUAUGGCUUGGAGCAUCAUCCCUCAUUAUGGAUGGGGAUUCAGUAUGGGGACACACUACCAUUUCCAUAGUUGGAGAGUUUUUGUUGUAAUAUGUGUGCUGCCUUGCAUAGCCUCUAUCAUUGCAUUAAAGUUUAUGCCUGAAAGUCCGCGGUUCUUACUAGAGAUAGGCAAGCAUGAUGAAGCCUGGAUGAUUCUGAAGCGAAUUCAUGACACUAACAUGAGAGCUAAAGGGGAGCCAGAAAAAGUUUUUACUGUUUCUCAAAUUAAGACCCCAAAACAACUUGAUGAAUUUAUCGAAAUACAAAGUGCCACGGGGACAUGGAUUCAACGAUUGUUUGUCAGGUUGAUGACUACUGUUAAACAGGUAUGGGAGAACAUGCUGCAAUGCUUUACUGGCCAGUUCCAGAAGAACACUAUAAUGUUGGCGGUGGUUUGGUUUACAAUAUCUCUAAGUUACUAUGGUCUGACAGUUUGGUUUCCUGACACAAUACGUUACAUUCAAGAUGAAGAUUACGAGAGCAGAGCGAAAGUAUUCAUGGAUGAAAAUGUGAGGAAUUUUAUAUUCAACUUCACUCUAGAGAAUCAAAUACACAAAGAUGGUCACUACUUUAAUGAUAAGUUUUACGGCAUGAAACUUAAAUAUGUCACUUUUGAGGAUUCCUACUUUGAAGAUUGUUAUUUUGAAGAUGUGACCUCAGUGGGUACAGUUUUUAAAAACUGCACAAUUAAUUCCACCAUUUUCUAUAACACAGAUCUCUACAAGCACAAAUUCAUUGACUGCAACUUUAUAAACAGCACCUUCUAUGAACCAAAAAUGGGUUGUCAUAUUGAUUUUGAAGCGGAUAAUGAUUUCCUAAUUUACUUGGUCAGUUUUCUGGGAAGUUUGUCUGUAUUACCCGGAAAUAUCAUAUCAGCACUACUCAUGGACAAAAUUGGAAGGAUAAAGAUGAUUGCUGGAUCUAUGUUGAUAUCAGCAGUAUGCUGUUUCUUCCUCUUUUUUGGGAACAGUGAAUCUGCAAUGAUUGGCUGGCAAUGUCUCUUUUGUGGCACUAGCAUUGCUGCCUGGAAUGCACUGGAUGUUAUCACUGUUGAACUUUAUCCUACAAACAAAAGGGCAACAGCCUUUGGGAUUUUGAAUGGUUUUUGCAAGCUAGCGGCCAUUUUUGGGAACUCCAUCUUUGCUUCUUUUGUUGGAAUAACAAAGGUUGUUCCUAUACUUCUUGCAUCAGCUGCCCUUGUAGGAGGCGGCCUAAUAUCUCUCCGGCUACCUGAAACUCGAGAACUGGUUCUUAUGUAAAAAAUGGAAGAGGAACAGGACAUGUACUGCUAACACUUAGCUAUGAGUGCAUGACAAUUCUCCACUGGUGAAUGUCUUGUGUUUAGAAUCAAGAUAAAGAUCCACACUGGAAAUCAUAGAACAGUUAAAAGGCUUUGUGUAUCAUAAAAUAAUAAUAAUGUUGUUGACAAAAAUGGAAAAAACAAAGCAAAGUCUAAAGUAUAUUAUAAAUGUGGUAAUAACAUUAUUGGUCCAUGGGAACAAAUCACGUAAUGGUCUUC